ACGGAAACGGGCGUGCCAUUUCCGCGCACGUCUGCAGAUCCGGCGGUCGAUUGGUCAAGUCUCCCAUCGCUCCGCCCUCAUCAGGAGGCGGGCAAACCGCGCCACGAGAGGGCCAGGAUUGGCUGGCUCUGGAAGCGCGGGUGGUCCCCCUUCUACUGUCACAUGGUGCGCGCUGUUUUCUUAUCACGUGGCUGCCACCCAGGUAAGAGGCUGCUCUUCCUGGGGUUGUUUCUCCGUGUGACGUGUGGCCUCUGAGAUCAACUCUCCUCUACCAGCGUAGGCCGCAUGAGUAGGGGGCGGGCUCCCGCGGUCCUGCUCGGCGGAGUGGUGAGUGACCGGCCCCGUCCCGCCCCUUCCGGUCCUCGAAGCCUCGACCGCUACCUGCACCCCAAAUCCCAGAGGUUGGCCCCCUGAGGUGCUUCUCUGCUCCUGUCUUUUGUUUGGAUGCCGGCGCUGCUGCCUGUAGCCUCCCGCCUUUUGUUGCUACCCCGAGCCCUGCUGACCAUGGCCUCUGGAAGCCCUCCGACCCAGCCCUCGCCAGCCUCGGAUUCCGGCUCCGGCUACGUUCCGGGCUCGGUGUCUGCAGCCUUUGUCACUUGCCCCAACGAGAAGGUCGCCAAGGAGAUCGCCAGGGCUGUGGUGGAGAAGCGCCUAGCAGCCUGCGUCAACCUCAUCCCUCAGAUUACAUCCAUCUAUGAGUGGAAAGGGAAGAUCGAGGAAGACAGUGAGGUGCUGAUGAUGAUUAAAACCCAAAGUUCCUUGGUCCCGGCUUUGACAGAUUUUGUUCGUUCUGUGCACCCUUACGAAGUGGCUGAGGUAAUUGCAUUGCCUGUGGAACAGGGGAACUUUCCAUACCUGCAGUGGGUGCGCCAGGUCACAGAGUCAGUUUCUGACUCCAGCACAGUCCUGCCAUGAUGAGCCCUGUUCCUGCCGUGAUCCCCUUGAUACUUAAUGCCGUCUGACUUCCAGGUGAUGACCGGGCCCCCAAUAAAUCCUGUCUUUAGGUCUUUC